AAGGGCUAGUUUUAAAACAAGAUGGAGAACGGGAAAAUUCUGUGAAUUUAGCAGUUUUGUUUUCUGCUAAAUUUGUGAAAACCUUUGGACGUUGUUCUAUUUUAUUACACUGACAUAAUGUUUUGAUUAUGAAAAUUAAUAAACACAAAGUACAAGGAACUCUAAAUCCACGUUUUUAAGCUGCAGAUUGUAUUUUACUUCAGGCAUGCAGUGAACUAAUUUCCACUAUGAAUAGAAAUAAGAAAUUGGGUCCACCCCCAAGAUGGAUUAAUUGUCCUCGGAAAGGAAAGCUUAUCAAGGAUAAGUUCCUGCCUUUUAAGACUCCACUGGAUGAUCGUUAUAAUGACAUGAUACCAGAAUACAGUGUCUUCAACCUAGACCUCCUCUUUGGAUCCUUGAAAACUAUGAAAGUAAAAAUGGGAUUGCUGGUUGAUCUGACCAAUACCACAAGAUUUUACAACAGUAAAGAGAUAGAGGAAAAGUAUGAAUGCAGAUAUGUCAAACUGCAGUGCAGAGGGCAUGGCGAAACUCCUUCAGAGGAUCAGACACAAGCAUUCAUCCAGCUGUGUGCAAAGUUUAUCAGUCAGAAACCUUUGGAAAUCAUAGGUGUUCACUGUACACAUGGCUUCAACAGGACAGGAUUCCUUAUUGUAUCAUAUCUUGUGGAACAGCUGUCCUGGGGAGUGGAGGCUGCUAUCCAGUGUUUUGCCAGCGCAAGGCCUCCAGGUAUCUACAAACAGGAUUAUCUACAAGAGUUAUUCCGGCGAUAUGACGAGGUAGAGAACACAUUUCCAGCACCAGCUCUGCCAGACUGGUGUGAUGAGGAAGAAACAGUAGAUGAUGAUGGGAGAUCUUUAUCACACACAAAUGGUGAACCUCAGCAGAACAGAAAAAAGGAGUUUCAUAAAAAGGAUGCCAAGUUUAUGACUGGUGUCAAGGGAGUGAGUCAACUAACACUUCAACCAAAACUGUCAGAAAUUCAGAGGAAAGUACAGCACAUGUGUGAAUGGAAAAAAUCUGGCUUUCCAGGCUCUCAGCCUGUUUCCAUGGAUAUCAAUAAUCUGAAUUUUCUGAAACAGAAGCCGUACAAGGUCAGCUGGAAGGCAGACGGAACGAGGUACAUGACACUGGUAGAUGGUCCAAAUGAAGUUUACAUGAUUGACCGAGAUAACACGGUAUUUCACAUCCCUGGACUGAACUUCAGACGGAGGAAAGAACUCGGUGCACAUCUACGAGACACACUGCUGGAUGGGGAGAUGAUUCUAGAUGUGGUAGAAGGCAAAACAGUCCCCCGGUAUCUGGUAUACGACAUUGUUAGGUUUGAGGGAAAAGAGGUGGGUAAAGUUGACUUUAACACCCGCUUGGUUUGUAUAGAGAAAGAGAUUAUAGGAGCUAGACAUGCCGCGAUCACACAGGGCUUGUUUGACAAGACCAAGGAACCAUUCAGUGUCAGGAUCAAACCUUUCUGGGACGUUUCCGUCUGUAGGAAAAUUUUAGAUGGCAGUUUUGCCAGUCAAGUGAGUCAUGAAGUGGAUGGUCUUAUUUUUCAACCAGUGCCAGAUCCUUAUGAACCUGGAAGAUGUAUGAAUGUACUGAAAUGGAAACCUCCAGAGAUGAAUUCCAUUGACUUUAAACUUCAGAUAGUCAAGGAAUGUGGAGAGGGAAUGUUACCCACCACCAAGGGCUACUUGUAUGUGUUACAUCAACAAGCCCCAUUGGCACAGAUGAAGGUGACAAAAGAGCUGAAGGAAUUGGAUGGUAAAAUUAUAGAGUGUUCUUACAAUGGAAAGGACUGGGUCUUUAUGAGGCAGAGAACGGAUAAAUCAUUCCCCAACAGCAUAGCCACAGCUCAAGGUGUGUGGGAGAGUAUUCGUUCACCUGUAACCAAGGAGAUCUUAUUUCAUGUGGCUGAACAUGAACGUUAUAAUCCUCCUCCCCGACCACAGCAAAAUAAAGACCUGAUGCCACCGCCAGCUAAAAUACCUAAACGCUGACAGCUCUACCUACCAAAUUUCAUCUACAUCAACCUAAACAUUUCCCUAUCAUUUUAUCAUCAUUGAAACUGUGCCAAGAUCAAAACUUGUGACAUGUUCAUCUUUUGAUGUAUGAAUUCAUCCAUGGAUAUAAAAAAAAAUGAUUUUCUUAGUGGAGGCUCAUUUAUGGCAUUCUUUUUGUGUAGACAAACAAGAAUCUAGUGUGAUCUCAUGCAGCCAUCUAAUGUUAUUGUAAGUUCCAGUGCUUACUUAAAAAAAGCUUCAGUUUUAUCCUUA